AUGACCGCUCAGAGAGGUCAGGAUGUGGAGAUGGCCUGCUCCUUCAGAGGGGCGGGAACGCCGUCCUACUCACUGGAGAUCCAGUGGUGGUACAUCAGGAACCAUCUGGACUGGACGGACCGGCAACCCUGGGCAACUAAUGAGGUGGCUCCGGAGGAGGAGAUGCCAAAGGAUGCCACAAAAAUAAGCGUGGUGGGUAGCAACAUCUCCCACAAGCUCCGCCUCUCCCGGGUCAAGCCCUCCGACGAGGGCACCUACGAGUGCCGGGUCAUCGACUUCAGCGACGAGGCGGGGGCUCGCCACCACCGCGUGCGGGCCUACCUGCAGGUGGUGCCGGAGGCCCGGCUCCCCCAGGCCCACGCCAGCGGUGGCGGCGGGGGCGGGGGGGGCGGUGGCGGCGGGGGGGUCGACAACUUCGAGGCCGCCGACGACACCAAGAGAGGCGCGAGCCACAGCCACGGCGCCGGCGGUGGUCAGCAGCACAAGGCCGGCAGGGAGCUGAAGAAGAGGGAGGUGGACAGUAACCACAGCCACAGUGACUGCACCAACGAGCCCAGCUGCACCCUGUAA